AUGGCGUCCUCCACUCUACCAACAGCGUCAAGUGCUUUGCCCGUGAAAAUACUCACGGUAGGCUCUGCACCAUCGACGCUGAAGCAUGGCGACUUCUUUGGUCCCUUGAAAGAGCCAGGGGCUUUGCAGGAUGGAACAGAUGAAACCGAGCAACUUCUGAAUGGUGAUAUUGAAGUCCCUCUGAAAUGUUACAUCAUGCAAGGAGAGAACCCCCUACCUGAUUCUGUGAUAGAAAAAUACGCCAAGACUAGUGGAGAGCUAUGCAAGGAUGUAUUUUUACUGAAUAAAUCAGGGAUUAUGACGACCGCUCAUGGUCUUCGGAUAGCUUGCCUAGGUGGCAUCUACAACCCAGGCAUCUACACCACCGCUGAAGCCCCUCCUGGGUUUGCAUCCCCUUUCUUCUCCACCCACACCGUCGAACGCCUCCUCUCCAACACUCUCGUCAAAUCAUCCUCAAAAUCCCAAUCCAAGAACCAAACGUAUAGCUCCCUUACCUCCAUCCUUAACGCCUCUUCUUCCUCGCAGCUUGUCGACAUCCUCAUCACAAAUGACUGGCCUGCAUGCAUCACACAGCACUCCUCAGCGCCUUUACCUUCUCCAGAGCUCGCAUCUGAGGGCGCCACACCACUGGAUGAGGUAAUUAGGAAGGUCAAACCCAGAUAUCAUUUUGCUGCCUUGGGUGGCCGGCCGCCACAGUUUUGGGAGCGGGAACCUUUCGUGUGGGAUGAUGAAGCAGGAAGGGUUUCCAGGUUCGUAAGUCUAGCUACGGGUGGCAAGAAGCCAAGGUGGUUUUACGCAUUUUCAAUCACCCCACCUUCGCCGUCAAACCCCGCUCCAGCCCGCCCCACAAACGCCACCAAAAACCCUUUUACUGAAUUAGCUCCCCGACCCCCAAAGCGGACGCUCGAAACAUUCGAAACAACAGAGAAUUUCAUAUGGGGAAACGUUCCCCAGCACGGCAAGCGUCCACGAACAAGUGUGAAUCCACUGAGGUUCUCCUCCCCUACCUUACCACAAUUUGCGCUAAGCUCCUGUAAACAGCAUUUCAUCACCUCUUGCCCCGAACGCCAGAAACCUCCCGAAGGAUACGUGUGCCGUAUCUGUAAUACGCCUGGGCAUCUUGUACGUGACUGCCCUACGCGCCAUGCUGUGGGCGAUACAGGUGGGCGAAAACCACGCCCGGGGUAUGUGUGCCGCGCGUGUGCCAGCGAGGAGCAUUACAUUGAAGACUGCCCGGUUGCAAAUGCAGGGCAGCGCGGUGGGGAGCGGAGAGGGAAGAGAGAUCAGAUCAAGGAGAUCGGACCCGACGAAUGCUGGUUCUGCCUAUCUAAUCCCAACCUCGCAAAACAUCUCAUAGUCUCCAUCGGAAAUGAAUGUUAUGUGACGCUUCCAAAGGGUCAAAUUAUUCCUACGCAAUCCAACGCCGACGGAAAUAAUAGCAGCAUUAGUACUGUCCCGGGUGGAGGCCACGUCCUCAUCGUACCUAUUGCGCACCACCCAACGUACAACACCAUCCCCGCUGACAUCGCACCUCCAAUUCUAGAGGAGACUGAUAAAUAUAAGUCUUCUCUCCGUGCUCUCUACGCCGCCCACAACGCAAGCGCCGUAUUCUUCGAAGUCGGACGUCUGAGCACAAAAGGAGGGCAUGCACAUGUACAAGCCGUCCCUGUGCCUAUCUCGCUCGCGGGGAAGGUGGAACAAGCGUUCAAGUCUCAGGGAAUCAAUUUCGAUGGCACAUUGGAAGAUUGUCAAAGUUCAGGACUACCAGGCGGGAGGGGUAGGAGCUAUUUCAGAGUGGACUUGCCUGAUGGGAGGUCGUUGGUCCAUCUGAUCGAGGAUCAUGCACCGUUUGGGGUGCAGUUUGGCAGGCAAGUUUUAACCGACAUACUAGGUAUUCCUGAUAGGGUGGACUGGAAGGCAUGUAUGCUUCCCGAGGAGGAGGAUAAAGCAGAUGUAAAGGCAUUCAAGGCUGCGUUCGCGUCUUUUGACCCGUCGAUGUAA